CAGGCCGGUAAAGGGGCUUUGGGACAGCUGAAACACCACUUGUGGCCACUUCUUGGGGAGACUAUUCUCACACGCCCAAAAAGACUGACAAGUACAAUUUGUAUACUUUUUUUUUUAAUUCUCUAUUUAAAAAAAAUAAUAUUGAUGCUGUCAAUUUUUUUAAACUAUGAUUGAACACGUUGAUGGGGGAUAUAUUUAUAUUUUUAUACAUUCUUAUAUCUUUUAUUUAUACUUUUCUACCUUAAUGAUGCCAAAGUUUGUGAUUAUGCUGAUGUUUACCGGAGGCAUGUGCGGCCAUGAUGGCGGACGCACGCAGGUAGAAACUGCUCAAAGUUCUUGAGCAUCCAAUUUUAAGGAAAAUUUGUUUUUAGUAUUUUAAAAGUCACAUUUUAAGAGGAUUCAUGAGACUCACUCAAGUGUGCUGUGAAACUUUAUCGACACUUUUCCUCCGGGUGGAGCGGCACCACCGGAGUUGACCGCAUCUCUUCCCGGGGAUCAGCGACAGGAGGACGGCUGCCCAGCUCAAGAUGAGUUGUCAACGGGUCCUCACCUACCUGCGGAUAUUUGGUACCACCAUGUUCGGCGUGUCCCUCUUGGUGGGCAUCUCCACGGCCUACAUCAUGGGCUACCAGUUCUUCACCACUGCCCACAAUCACCUAUCCUUUGGACUGUACGGGGCCAUCUUGGUUGUCCAUCUCAUCAUCCAGAGCCUCUUCGCACUCUUGGAACAUCGAAAUAUGAAGCGAUCCUUAGAGACCCCGAUUAAACUGAACAAAUCUUUAGCGCUGUGCAUUGCGGCGUAUCAAGAGGACCCAAACUACCUGAGGAAAUGUCUGGUGUCUGUGAAGAGGCUGACGUACCCUGGAAUCAAAGUCAUCCUGGUGGUCGACGGGAACUCCGAUGAUGACUUGUACAUGAUGGACAUUUUCAAAGAGAUCAUGGGGUGGGACAAGGUUGCCACCUAUGUGUGGAGGAGUAACUUUCACAGCAGGGGACCCGAGGAGACGGAUGAGAGCUACGCUGAGAGCCUUCAGCAAAUAUCCAGACUGGUCCUCAACAACAAGUGUGUGUGUAUCAUGCAAAAGUGGGGAGGCAAGAGAGAAGUCAUGUACACAGCCUUUAAAGCACUCGGGAGGAGUGUUGACUAUGUCCAGGUGUGUGACUCUGAUACCAUGCUGGAUCCAGCGUCAUCAGUGGAGAUGGUCAAGGUUCUUGAAGAGGACCCUAUGGUCGGAGGUGUUGGAGGAGAUGUACAGAUCCUCAACAAAUACGAGUCAUGGAUUUCCUUCUUGAGUAGCGUACGAUACUGGAUGGCCUUCAACAUCGAGCGGGCGUGCCAGUCUUACUUUGGCUGCGUGCAGUGCAUCAGCGGGCCUCUGGGAAUGUACCGAAACUCACUUCUGCACGAAUUUCUCGAGGACUGGUACAAUCAGACCUUCAUGGGAUCACACUGCAGUUUUGGGGACGACCGCCAUCUUACAAACAGAGUUCUCAGUCUCGGAUACGCAACCAAGUACACUGCACGGUCAAAGUGCCUAACAGAGACACCGAUUACUUACCUGCGGUGGCUGAAUCAGCAAACUCGAUGGAGUAAGUCCUAUUUCCGAGAGUGGCUCUACAACUCCAUGUGGUUUCAUAAACAUCAUCUCUGGAUGACCUAUGAGGCUGUGAUCACCGGGUUCUUCCCAUUUUUUCUCAUCGCCACUGCAAUCCAACUCUUCUACCAAGGAAGACUCUGGAAUAUUCUGUUGUUUCUUCUCAUCGUGCAAGCCGUCGCCCUGAUCAAGUCAACAUUUGCCAGUUGUCUCCGAGGCAACAUUGUCAUGGUGUUCAUGUCCUUUUAUUCUGUACUGUACAUGUCGAGCCUGUUGCCGGCCAAAAUGUUUGCAAUUGCAACAAUCAACAAGUCUGGAUGGGGGACCUCUGGGAGGAAAACAAUAGUGGUCAACUUCAUUGGUCUUAUUCCAAUAUCAGUUUGGUUUACCAUCCUUUUCAUCGGGAUUAUCUACACGACUAUUCUCCAGACUAGAAAACCCUUCCCUGAAACUGAAAUGCUGAUUCUGAUUAUAGGGGCGGUUGUCUAUGCCAGUUACUGGGUGAUACUAUUGACUUUGUACGCAGUGCUCAUAAACAAAUGCGGUAAGAGGAAGAAGGAAACACACUACGAUAUGGUGCUGGACGUAUGACUUCUUUACUACAACACUGCUUGUUGUGUUUCCUUAAAGAUGCUCUUCUGGUAAUCCAAGCAUCUCUGGAGUUGGGUGUUGAGUUGAACUGCAGUGGGCAAAACCGAAAUACUCAAACUUGAAAUGGUAAGAAUUGUGUGUUCUUUCCGGAGUACCAUAGCAUUGAAAACGGUGGGCACAACACUAUCAAUUAGCCCGCUGAUGUUUUUAAUGGUUUGGUUCAUUUGAAGAACAGCUUCUGUAGGCUUGCUACGGUUAAGUGACGAUGACUCAGCAUGAAUGCAAGACUUUGUACGGAUAGCUACCUCGUAGACUUGUCAUGUUCACUGGGCUUCACUAUGGCUAUUAGCAUCUCGGCCAAAGAAACUGCGGCUCGUGCUCAUCAAGGUUUUCCUCAACUAUUAUCUACAUUUCAACUCCAGAGCCCAACUGUGCAGAUUUGUUGAGCCUAACGAGAGAAGUCGCUGAUUGGCUACCAAUCAGUUACUGUAAAAACCAACAGGUUGGUUUUGAUUGUUCUGCCAACAAAUUACACAAUGACUUGGGAAUAUGAACGGUACAUAUGGUAUCAUUGGGAGUCAUUUUUUUUGCAUGAUCUUAGUUAUUCUAGAUGCCAUACAAUGUUGUACCUUGUCAGUGUUUUUGGAAGAGCCAAAUCAGGCAGAGUUAAAGUAAAACUGCAUUUUUGGGGGAAUUUUGCCUGUCAUCCACAAUCCUUAUGUGAAACAUAAACACAUUUAUUUACCUUCUCUGUGCAUUCUAAUGAAAGAAAACAAGUUAGCAUGAGCAAGCUAAUAAUGCACGUCAUUGGGAGGUACCGAGGUAAUAUUUCUACUACGAAGCCCUCCAAAAAAAAACUUGUACCGUGUGAUAUACAUGCGGUGAUCGCGCAUUAACAAUUUCGCCGUAUUUUGAUUAUGUAAAACAACAUCGAAACGUCUUUCUUUCACAUGAUUCAACAUGCUAGCCCACUUUCGUCAACACAAGCGGCACACAAACAGUGACUUACAGUGAUGGCUGUAUCUUCCAGCACAUGUAAAAAAUUCUGACAGCAAAUGAGCAUCUUGUUGAGUCUUGGUAGCAAAAUUGAGAGCUAGGUAUCCACUCUGAGCGGCUAGCUCCGCCAGGUAAAUAUAGUUUUUAUUACGAUAACAAUAUCGCUGUAGCUUGGUUAAUAUACAAGUCAAGUUAUGUAAAUGAAACAGUUUUUUUUAGAUUUUUUGGUUAGAGCUUUAGCUACCUCCUAGCUCAUACUAGCAUUGUUAGCUAGCUCAUACUAACUAAUUUUUAGAUAUGCUAACACAAUGGUUAUUCAGCUACAAAAUAAAAUAAAAUAAAAUAA